CGUGCUUUGAAAACUUAUAUAGUCAUUAACCAUAAGAGCUGUUUGGAGACAAGACCGAACAGGUUACUAGAGGGUGCUGAGACUCAACAAGAAGCCGUGACAGGACUCCGGCCAUAGAAAAAAAAAAGCAUUUUUGGCCCCACAUAAAGGAGGAGGAGGAGGCGCUUCUUGCCUUGAAGCUGAGACGUUUUUAGAUGGAUUCUUUAUGUCUGCUUCAGCACCGGAGCAGACGGUCUGCUCUGAACAUUUGCAAGCCGUGACAGCACGUUACAAAACAUGACGCAUCGUAGCGUAUGGAUUGCCAAAAACAUGAGCUGCUGCACCCAGCGCGGAAAAAGGAGGAGAAGAAGAAGAAGCGGCUUCCCUGUCCUCUGCGGUGCGGAGCAGGACGCGCGCAGGACAGCUGGUGGGACCAGAUGGAGGAUUCGGAGGGCGGAUAGACAAGACGUUACUUCUGCAAAGGGCAAGGUGCUGCUGUGGGUGCUCAUUGCUUUGCUGCCUCUGGUGGAAGGAGCUCAUAUGAAAGGUGGUGCUGGUGUGGGAUCAGACUCAGGCCACACUGUGGGCCUGCUGGGAAACCAGGAGGAGAGGCAGCUUCCUGUGACGCUGCCUGAAAUGGUGGAGGACAAGGAACAGAAAGAAGACAGUGACCCUUACUCUACUUGGCACCCUCUUUAUGACCCUUUUGUAAUGGAUGAGGUGGAUGACCAUCCCAGCAGUCGCUGGGUAGGACGAUCACCACGCUCCUCUGAUCCCACAGAACCUCAGCCCAAGGGAUCAUCGAAGAAAAAGAAGAAGAAGAAAGAAAAGGAAGAAGAGACAGAAACAGGGAACAGAAAGGGUAAGGGGAGAAACGGACACCCGAAGCAGAGCAGCAGGCACUGCCGUGUGGAGAAGAAAGAGAUGAGGGUUCGGGAUCUAGGACUGGGAUUUGAUUCGGAUGAAAUCGUCCUUUUUAAGUUCUGUGUAGGCUCCUGCCAGGCCGAAAGAACAAACUAUGACCUAGCACUGAAAGCACUGCUGGAGAAUGGCUCGCUGCCUCGACGCACCGCCCGCAAGGUCAGCAGCCACCCCUGCUGCCGCCCCGACCGCUACGAGCCAGUAUCGUUCAUGGAUGCCAAGACCACGUGGAGAACCAUCCAAUCGCUCUCUGCCGCCAGCUGCAUGUGCAUGGGCUGAAUGAUGAGUACAAACAGAUAAGUGCCCAGGAUGAAUAACGCUGAAGAGCCUCUGGCUGGAUAGUGUAUGUGUCUGUGUGUGUGUGAGGCCCCAUGUUUAGGAUUUGGCCAUAUGGGGGCACUGUCUCACACAGAAACAGAAAAGAAGAAGAAAAAGAGGCCACUUGUUUGCCUCCCUGAUACAUUUCCUGCUGAGAAGGAAGUGGGCUGGCUGCAGCUGGACAUUAAGGGCCAAGGUCAAAAUCAAGAGACUGAGGGUGAGGUCAUUAGGGAACCCCAGUCUGGAUACUGUUCCCUCAUUAAAGGGUGAAUUAUUUUUAACUGAAUAACCGGUAAUUAAUGCAGGAUACUAAAGCCUGGUUAUUAUACACAGAGACCUUCUUCAUGUGUUUGAUUUCAUAUGGGCGAGACCUGAAGGCUGAAGCUCAAGCGAUGUAAAGGAAAUUUACAGUUAAAGGACGCUUUGUUUCCAUUCAGACCAUUCAUGCUCGGUGAGAACAGGUGUUUCCACAAGAUUCGUUCUCUUCCCGCACACAGACAGGGACAUUACAUUGUGUCUUCUCUAUGUUCAGGUGAACUCAGCCAGAUGGAUGCCAUGCAUCUUCAUGUAUUACUGUAUAAAAGUAAAGUAUAUUUAUUUUGGAUAAAUUAUUAUUUAUUUAUUAUGGCUUCAUAUGAGAGCUGUUUUUAUGAACUCUGUUGUAGAUAAUAUCUAUUUAUUGCCAAGAUUCACUUUUCAUGUCGACAGUUACUUGAGCUCGCAUACAGUACAACAUUUUCUUUCUUUUCCAGAUGCUGAUUUUCACACUUACCCAGCGCAGAAAGUCAAACUUUGGCUAAACAGUUUCUUCUAGGCAGAAGUAGAUUGGAUUUCUAAAAUCUGGUUAUUGAUAUUUUUUUUUCUAUUGAGCAAAACAAUAUCCAAGAGGUCAAAUUCUUAUUUACUUUUCAUCCCAGACUAACAGAUAUUGGGCAAAAAUGGACCAACAUUGAAACAAUGUGGAAGAACCGAUAAAUAUUGAAUGUUGUUUACUUUGAGAGCAUCUAACAUAAUUGAGUCUGGUGAGAUAUCUGUGUUUGUGGUCACCUUUGUGCUGGAAAUAGUCAUUUAAACUUUAAUACAUACUGCAUUGUAUGUACAGUGUGUAGUGAAGAGGAUCAAAUAUGGUUUUCCUUUGCUGUUACAUUGGUGGAUGCUCAGUUUUAAACACUAAAUACUGAAGUUAUUAUAUGAACAACUAAUCCCAGUGAGCCAAACACUCAACUUCAGACAGUUUCUCGAUGUGUCCUCAGAGUAACCCCAGCCUUGAUGACUGAUAUCAGCCUUUGACCAACUAACAUAUUUACCAGUGGCCAUGUUUUGUGUCCUAUCAGUCCCAGCAAUUUGUCCUGACUAAAUGCUCUCAGAUAUGAACUGAAAGUCAUGUUUUAUAAUGCAAUAACUUUGUUUGAAUUUUAUUUUAUUUUUUUUACCAGCUAUCAGUUAAAUUGUUACCGACCCAGAAUUUUAGAACUCGUGCAUCCCUAAUCUAGACGACAAGACCUUGAAGGUGAUUUUUAGUUCUCAUUCAU